CUUUGGAGCAGACAAGCCCCAAGUCCCCUGAGCAUUACCAAACACAGUAAUUCUCCAGGGAACUUGCAACAGUAGGGUAUUAACCCCGAAAUUAAGGCCAUAUUCCAAAGUCAAAUACAAUGAUUGCACAAAGCACAGGAGAUAUGUUUAUUGGUGCUCCUCCUUCGUGAGAGGCUCUGAAGCAAGGAGAAGGAGCAAAGGCUGGCGUUGAAAAUCACGUUCUGUUGGGCUGGGUCAGGCUGCCCCUGUUCUAGAGCUGAGCCCGAAGCGAGCGCUGGGAUAAAAAUAAAACCGAUGUGCAGCACUGGCACUCCAACAAAGCAAUUCAUGUGGAUAGUGUUUGAUAUAAACCAGCUAAUAGUGUUUGCCUUGCAGCCAGUACAAGGAGAACAAGUCGCUUUUCUGCACGGUGGAGUCAUCUGAUGUUUGCUUUAAUUUCUGGCAGAUCGGGGCAGCGUGAGUCAGAUGCUCUCACAGCUGGCUCGGGCGGGGAGGAGGCCAGCAGGGACCCUGACUCACCAGAGCCGCCGCAUUCCAUCCCAAAAUCCAGCUCAGCGCCUGGCAGUGAAAUCACGGGCUGGGGGCAGCUCCAAGGUGCUGAGAAGAUGGCCUCCCCAGGUGCCCCAGGGACCCGCAUGACGUCCACAGUCAGCAUCACCAUUUCUACCCCUUCCUUCUACAACCCACAGAAAAAAUUUGCGCCUGUGGUUGCCCCUAAACCCAAGGUGAACCCCUUCAAGGCUGGGGGUGCAUCAGAGUCGUCACUGCCUCCACCUCCUGCUCCUGGUGCCCAGCGUGCUCAGAUAGGGAAGGUGGGGGAGAUUCCAUUACCACCCGUGUCCCUGCUGGCAGAAGACCUUCCACUGCCACCUCCUCCUCCACCUGGGGAGGAUGCAAGCUUCUCCUCAAACUGUGCAUUUCCACCACCCCCACCACCCUUUGAAGAACCUUUUCCACCAGCCCCAGAUGAAGCUUUUCCUUCUCCUCCUUCUCCACCACCUCCUCCUCCUCCACCAAUGUUCGACGAAGGACCUGUGAGCAAGGUUCCUGCCCCUCAGAUAACUCUGGGAUCCACAGGUUCUCUGGAGAAACCAUUGGCCCCAAAAGCCCCUGUGGAAAUACCAUCUGCACCCAAAGAUACUCCUCAUUCCUUUCCUUCCAAGUUCACGCCAAAGCCAAGUGGAAGCUCAUCUUUCAAGCCCCCUGGGGUGGAUUUGAACCCCACUCCAACCCCAUGGGCAGCCCCACAGCAACGCAAGGAGCCUCAAGCACCUCCACCUCCCUCUCUCCCUUCUGCUCAGCCUACCCCGAAAUUCACCCCGUCUCCUGUUGCUAGCUCUCCUAAGUCUGUGUCCAAAUCAGGUGACAAUGUUCCAAUGACUCCCUCAAAUUCUACUAGAUACCCUACCUCCCUUCAGACUCAGUUCACAGCCCCUUCACCUUCAGGCCCCGCCUCUCGACCACAGCCCCCCAAUUUCACCUAUGCCCAGCAGAGGGAAAGACCCCAAGUGCAGGAGAAGCCACGCCCAACAGAACAACCUGCUGCUGCAAGAGACACGCAUAGACCCACAGGUUCCAGUGCAGAUCCACCUAGGGGGAAUUCCUGUCUGACAAUGAAGGAGGUAGAAGAGCUGGAGAAGUUGACCCAGAAACUAAUGAAGGAUAUGGAGCAUCCACCCCCAGCAGAGGCUGCAACUUCUGAGCUCUGCGGAUUCUGCCGGAAGCCUCUGUCACGAACCCAGCCAGCUGUGAGGGCCCUGGACCGCCUCUUCCAUGUGGAAUGCUUCACCUGCUUCAAAUGUGAGAAGCAGCUGCAGGGGCAGCAGUUCUACAAUGUGGAUGAGAAGCCCUUCUGUGAGGACUGCUAUGCUAGCACCUUGGAAAAGUGCAGUGUCUGCAAGCAGACCAUCACGGACCGGAUGCUGAAGGCCACUGGGAACUCAUACCAUCCCCAGUGCUUCACCUGCGUGGUGUGCCAUACCCCCCUGGAGGGGACCUCUUUUAUUGUGGACCAGUCCAACCAGCCUCACUGUGUGGAUGACUACCACAGGAAGUAUGCUCCACGCUGCUCAGUGUGUAGUGAACCCAUCAUGCCAGAGCCUGGAAAGGAUGAGACAGUGCGUGUUGUUGCAUUGGAGAAAAAUUUCCACAUGAAAUGUUACAAGUGUGAGGACUGUGGGAAGCCCUUGUCCAUUGAAGCAGACGAGAAUGGGUGCUUUCCUCUGGAUGGGCAUGUGCUGUGUAUCAAGUGUCACACCGUCCGUGCAAAAACAGCGCGCUGAGGAGCUCAGAGGGGGCAUUCCCUCAAGACCCCCACGCUCAGUACUCCUUCCCUCUGCAAUUGUCCUACCCCUCUGCCUGACAAGGCAGACUGCUACCCAUGGAGACUAUGCCAGCGCAGUUUUUCACUCAUGUAGGAUUCACUGCUCCUAGACUUCACUCUGCACACCCACCAAGAAAGGACCUGUUCUCCUGUCACUGCUUCCUGGCCACAGUAUAUUCCAGGCUGGGGGGCUGUGAUCAAGGUGAGUGCACAAUUGCUGUUCCCUCAAGACUCUGGAGGAGAAAGAUCAGACCUCCACCACCGCCUGGUGGAAGAAGCAAGAAGGGCCUGGUGGCAGGUGCUGGGAAAGGCUGAGAGCAUUCUUCAGUUCUAUGGAGCCAAGAACGACGAUUUGACUUUAGAAGGUGGAAGCCUGCAUCUCGGCAUCGCUUCUGUCUUUUUUAUAUCUUAUGACACCUCAUUGUCAGGAUGUCUUCCUCUGCCUGCUCCCUCACCUGGGUUAGAGUGUGGAGGCAUAUAGUGGGAAUCUGUUACUGUUGCUGGAAAAAGCUAACCUGCUAUAGCUUUUCUGUCUCUAAUGGAUUUUACUGAUUUACUGUCUUGUCUUUUUUUCCUUAGCCAGUUUAAACUGGCAGUGUUUGAAUACUGCUCUGUUUCUGAGUUUGGAAGCUUUUUUAAAAAAAAAAAAAUCUUCCCCUUCCCAAAAUGAAUUGUUUCCCAGCGUGGUUUUUGGGCAGCCAGGCUGGGAACCAGAGUAGCAAAGCAGUCCAAAGAAUGCAUGUUUACAAAUAAAAACCGUCGGAAGGACGGGCAGCACAUGGUGAGGAGGCGUCUCAGUGCGUGGAUGAGGAUUCAGCAGACUGAGGAAUGUCUCCUGUUCCAGUAGGGUUUCUUUCACUGCUGUCAGUGAAAACCACAGUAAUUGCAAUGUACUGUUUGGCUCGGAGUGUUACUGCACUGAGCCCCAUUUCCUGGACUAGAAACUGUCUCAAACUGAACAAACCUUUUGAAUAACAACACUGUCCAACCACUGUUUGCAUUCAAUAAAAUGUGUGGGUUUUUUCCAUUAA